UGCUGCGGUAACGGGCGUUGAUCCUCUUUUUAUGUUACACUCUCUUGAUUUUUGGCAUCACUGCUGUGUCACUGUCGCUGUUUCAUUUAACACAAAAUUCUGAAAAAAAUAUAACCGAACUCUACGAACGGAUCUCUACUGCUGGAAAAACAGACUAAAAUGACAAUGAUUGGUUGUUUCUGCUUCACCCUGGGGGUAUUAAUGACUUCUGCCGCAGCAGAUGACAUGACAACAGGCGCAGAGAGCUUGAUAGUUACACCGGACAUAAACAACUUAUUCCACAGCAAUGACACCGAUAUAUUGACCAUUGCACCGGACCAUGUCAACACGAUCGGCAACAGCACCGGCACCACCGCUGAUCCCAAUUCAACCAGUGAAUGGAAGCACUCCAGCAGCACCAGCGUCAAACCCCUGACAACUGGACAGAAGCGUGAUGUCACCACCAGUAGCAAAGGCUCCCUGAAACCCAACAGGGUUGCGACAGCACCGAAUCCAAAAGUUCCUAAAAGUACGGCUUCCCAAAAAAUUACUCCUGCGCCAAACACUUCAGCAGACAUGACAGGCGUAGUCAUCCUCCUGAUCAUCAUCGUUCUGGCUAUAGUUUCUGCAGCCGCUUGUUUAUUAAUACGAAGGAAAGAAAGAACCUACUCUAUCGACCUGACGUCCAGACAGGACGACCCUAACAUCCCUCUCAGCACCGUUGAAACUGAGAUGCCUCCAGUUUUCGUCGGCCAGAAUGGUCUGCACACUGCUGACGAUAAAGAACCAGACUCAAAUGAGCCAAAAGAAGAGAAGGAGAAACCCGAAGUACAAGAGGAACAGAAAACUGAGGCUGACAAACCUGUUGUUGAACCCAGCGCUGAGUCUGCAGCUCCGGCUCCGGCUCCGGCUCCUUCUGCGGAGGAAUCAGAGAACAAGCCCACAAAUUCUCCGGCACCUGUGGGGCAGAGCGUAGAGGAGAACAUUGAUGACGACGGCAGCAUUUCCAACCAGACCUCAGUGGAAUCGUUGAAGGAAACAAAUGAGAACAACAGCAACAGUGUGAACCGCGGUUUGAUCACAGAUAUGGAAUCAAACUUCAUCUUUUGGGAAGUUCCUCUUCAUCAUCCAGAGUGAAGACCUUUCAGGCCUUGGUUCUGUGUUUCUCUGUUGUGUUUCUGUAUCAUCUUACAUGUUGAGCCGACCACAAAAACUAUUGUAAUCUGGUAUGUAUAAAGUAUAUGUGACAGAGAGAAAAAAAAGUCAAAAAUCCAAAUCAUUUCCAAAACAAGACUAACUUCUCAGUUCAGUUAUUACAGUUUGACCCAAGACUCACACCUGUUCAAAGAAAUGUGAUGACAAACGCGUCUGCUGAUCGAGACAGAAAGUAAAGUCAUUCUAACAAUCAGUUCAGUUCUGAUGAGUUCAGAGGAGAAAAAAAAAACCCAUCCAUCCUGAUUAUAGGU